UGAUAAGUUACAAACGGGUAGACGGUUUAUUAGUAUGUUAUUCUUCGACAGAUACAAUGAAACUUCUUCUGUUGUUCGUGUCGUGCGUGGCUUUGGCUGCAGCAUACCAGGACCUUGAUGACAAUUACUACGGGAAGAUAUUGAGCGAGAAAGCCGCUUUGGAGAACUUUUACAAGUGCCUGAUAGACCAGGCCCCAUGCAAUGACUUCGGGAAUCACGUCAAAACUCACAUGGUCGAAUUCUUUGGGGACGGCUGUGAAGAGUGCGACGACCAACAGAAACACUUCUCUCACUUGCUGCUGAUGAUCGUCAAAAACGACUACCCAGACAUGCUAAAGGCCAUUGAAGAUAAAUAUGACUUAAAUUCUAACGCCAAUAACGUGGAUGAAAAGUUGAAAAAAUUUUAAGUGGCAGUCAACAAAUUCGUUUGUUAAAUAUAAGUCAUGCACAAGUUGAAGAUCGCUGGUAAAAACUGGAGGGAACUAUAGAUGCGUGGAUAGUGGGUACUAUCCAAUAACGUUCAAUAGCUACCAAUCACGUAACCGUCAGA